AUGGAAAAGAUGGAGGAUGUGGUGAUAGCUGGAGCAGGAAUUGCAGGGUUGGCAACAGCAGUGGCUUUGAAAAGAUUUGGGGUUCAAGCUUUGGUAUUAGAGAGAUCGCAGGAGCUGAGAGCUACUGGUGCAGCGUUGACUCUGUUUCCAAAUGCUUGGCUUGCCCUUGAUGCUCUUGGUGUUUCUCACAAGCUCACCGCCAUUAAUUCUCCUUUAGUCAAGGGAUGUGUCACCAAUGUUAGUACUGGAGAUGUUCAACAACUCCUCUUCCCUGUGACCAACAAAGGGAGCAGUGAACAAGGAAUUAGGACAAUUCACCGUAAAGCAUUGUUAGAGGCUCUGGCAGAAGAGUUGCCAACUGACUCAAUUCGAUUUUCUUCCAAGGUUGCUGCAAUUGAAAAUCAAGAAAAUGGAGGUGGUGCUGCCAUUGUUGUUGUAAGUUUGGAAGACGGAACAACGAUCAAAUCUAAGGUUCUUAUAGGCUGUGACGGGGUGCACUCGGUAGUGGCACGUUGGCUAGGACUGUCCGAACCAGUCCAUUCGGGCCGAUCAGGGGUUCGAGGUUUAGCAGUUUUUCCUGAAGGCCAUGGAUAUAAGCAAGAAGUUCAGCAGUUUGUGGAUGAGGGAAAAAGGGCUGGUUUUAUGCCUCUAAAUGAUAAGGAACUCUACUGGUUUUUAGUCUGCAAUGGGGAGAAUAUGACAGUAGAGCCUGAACAAAUACAAAGAGAAGUACUUGACAAGCAUGCAGAAAAAUUCCCGUCGGCAUUUCUUGACGUAGUCCAGCACACCGAUCUUUCGACAUUAACAUGGGCACCGUUGAUGCUCAGGCCUCCAUGGGGUAUCGUAUUUGGAAAUCUUAACAAGGGAAACAUCACAGUAGCUGGUGAUGCUAUGCACCCCAUGACUCCUGACCUAGGACAAGGCGGUGGUUCAUCGCUAGAAGAUGCUGUUGUAUUGGGCAGGCACAUUGGCAUUUCGGUCAUAGAAAAUGGAGGGCUGAUCGUUCCAAGAGAUGUUGCAAAAGCCAUAGAUGAUUAUGUCAAGGAACGGCGGUGGCGUGCCAUUUGGCUGGUCACAGGGUCAUUUUUAUCUGGGUGGAUACAGCAAGGAGGAGCGAGGUGGUGGAUGAAAUUUUUGAGGGAUAGAGUAUAUUAUAAGUAUGCUUCUGGUGGGAUUGCUAGACUUGUGCGUUAUGAUUGUGGAAAACUUCCUGCUACUUCAUCUGGUGAAAUAAAUUGCUCCAGUAAGGAGGACUAA